AUACGAAGCCGAAGAAGAGAGGGCAAACCCUAGCCUAAAUCCCAUCUCUAUCUCUUCCUUCCUCUGCGGUUCCGCGACCAGGCCACCACCAUCUCGCCGUCGCCGCCGGAUUUAGCCGUCAAACCUCCAGUACAGGCGCACCGCAGGCAGUUUGCCUCAAGAUUCAAAAAAUGGAUCUAAGCAAUUGCAAGGACAAAGGCAAAAGUGCAGGGAAAAAAUCAGAUGUUUUCGCUUCGUGUUCGUUUGCUAGUCUGGGUCUUCACCCAACAUUAUGUGACCAGCUCAAAGAGAGGCUGGGUUUUCAGGAUCCAACUCUUGUUCAAGCUCAGGCAAUUCCUGUUAUUCUAUCUGGUCGACAUGUGCUAGUGAAUGCAGCAACCGGGACAGGGAAAACGGUGGCAUACUUGGCCCCAGUUAUUCACCAGUUGCAGAAAUGUGAACCUAAGAUUCAACGUUCUGAUGGUACUUUUGCGUUGGUUCUUGUACCAACGCAUGAAUUAUGCCUUCAGGUGUAUGAAAUUUUGCAGAAAAUGUUGCACCGCUUCCAUUGGAUUGUUCCGGGAUAUAUAAUGGGCGGGGAAAACCGCGCAAAGGAGAAGGCCAGGUUGCGUAAAGGUAUAUCAAUUCUUGUUGCAACUCCUGGGCGUCUUUUAGAUCAUCUUAGAAAUACAUCCUCGUUCGUACACCAGAAUUUGCGGUGGAUUAUUUUUGAUGAAGCGGAUAGCAUUUUGGAACUUGGGUUCGGUAAAGACAUUGAAGAGAUACUUAGUAUACUGGGUUCCACCCAAUAUAACUCGCUUGGCCAGGAAAAUUCCAGUUCUCGAGGUCUUAACGUCCAGAGGCAAAAUUUGCUGUUGUCCGCAACAUUAAAUGAGAAAGUAAACCAUCUUGCGAAAAUGAGUUUAGAGAACCCAGUAAUGAUUGGUCUUGAUGACAAGAAGUCAGAAAAAAAAGGGAAUCACGAUGAAGACAUUGAAACAAGCGUAGAUGUUGAAUUAGGAACAUCUGGAAAAUUAUUGAGUUCUUCCAGCGAGGAAUAUAAAGUUCCAUCUCAGCUUCUCCAAAGAUAUAUAAAAGUUCCAUGUGGUAAUCGUCUUGUAGUACUUCUUUCAAUAUUAAAACACCUGUUUGAGAAGGAAGCUUCUUCCCAAAAGAUAGUGGUGUUUUUUUCCACAUGUGAUGCUGUAGAUUUUCACUAUUCACUGUUGGGUGAUUUUCAGUGGCAUCCGAGCUAUCAACCAGAUUCGGAUGCCAAGCUAAAGUUUUUGAAUUGUAAAACAUUUCGGUUACAUGGUAAUAUGAAUCAUGAAGACCGUAGGUCUACCUUUAAUGCAUUUAAAACAGAAAAAUCAGCUCUGCUUGUGUCCACUGAUGUAGCUGCUAGGGGUCUGGAUUUCCCCAAAGUUAGGUGCAUUAUACAGUAUGACUCUCCUGGUGAGGCCACUGAGUAUGUUCAUAGAGUGGGAAGAACUGCUCGAUUGGGGGAAAAAGGUGACUCUAUACUAUUUCUACAGCCAGUUGAAGUUGAGUACUUGAAAGACUUGGAGAAACAUGGAGUUACACUAACAGAGUAUCCCCUUCUUAAACUGUUGGAUAGCUUCCCCGUGUCCAAUACUAAGCGCUUGUCGAAGAAGUUUGUUUCAGUUGAGAUGCACCCGUGGUCACUUUUUUUGCAGAAAGCUUUGGAGUCCUUUGUCACCAAUGAGGCUAAGAUGGCGAAAAUGGCGAAGAAGGCGUUUUGCUCGUGGGUGCGCGCGUACACUGCGCACCGCGGAGAGCUGAAGGGAAUUUUCAUGGUGAAGAAACUUCACUUGGGACAUGUUGCAAAGAGCUUUGCUCUAAAAGAACAGCCAUCCUUAGUGAACAAAUCAAUUCAGAAGGAAACAAAGAAGAGGGGAAGGGAUCAGUUCCAUCAGAAGCACAAGAGGGUAUCAAAGAAGAGGAAAUAAAUUACUAGUAUGAUGAAGUAUUUGUUUUCAUUUGUCCGGAAUUAGUUGUCCACUUUUCAUAUUCGGCAAAAAAAGUGUGAUAAAUUGUCUAAAAUAUACCGAGUACCAAAGAAAUAGAGUAUGAGGGUAAAGAGAGUUGAACCUUUGUUAUCUCUAAGACAUUCAGUACAGAAAUAUUUCUCUAUAUUUAAUAUUUUCUACAUGGUGACGGUCGAGGGUGGGUUGGGGUACGGUUCUGGGGUUGGACCGUCUGUGGCGUGUCCAUAGGGAGGGUGUCGGGCUGUCGUCCGUGACUGGUGGGACGGGUCUGGGGUUGGACCGUCAGUGGGACAGGAGCAUGUGAGCCUGGGCUUGGAGGAAAAAUAGGGGUUAUAGGAGAGGGUGACGGGAGGGAUGACAAUUUGGGAUAUGGAAACUGAUCCUCGACGAACCGAACAUGACGAGAGACAUAAACUUUUUGAGACACGGGUUCAUAGCAUUUAUACCCUUUAGUGGUGGGGUGAUAUCCUAAGAAGACACAAGGAGUGGAGCGUGGUUGAAGUUUGUGGUGAGUGUAAGGGCGGAGCCAUGGAUAGACCAAGCAACCAAAGGCACGAAGGUGGGUAUAUGUAGGAGGACGGUUAUAAAGAGUUUCAAAGGGAGAUUUGUUGGAGAGAGUUUUGGUGGGCAUACGGUUGAUAAGAUAGUUUGCUGUGGCAAGAGCUUCGACCCAAAAGGUAGUCGGGAGAGCAGAGUCGUAUAGAAGAGAAACAAC